AUGGAGACACUAAAAGCCAUGUUCCCAACUGUCGAUGAGGAAGUCGCACAAUCAAUAUUAGAUGAUGAACAUGGCAAUGUAGAGAAUGCUGUACAAAAGUUACUUGCACUGACCGAUCCUGAAGCUCAAGCUCGUGAAGCUGUACGAACUCCUACUGCUCCUCAAGGUGUCGUUAGCGAGGACGAGAGAUUGGCUCGAGCCCUCGCGGACGAAGACUAUGCUCGUCACCUACAAGAAAGCGAACAACAUCAUCCUCAAAGAGGUCCAAUGGACGAAGGAGAAACUCCCAUACUUGAUAAAAUAGAAGCAGGUGCACUCGUCGCUGGUGAUGCCGUCAAAAAGGGCUUUUUGGCAGCUCUUGCAGGUGGAAAGGAAUUGUACACCAAAAUAAAGGCUGAAGCUUCCAAACAUGGUGUCAACAUGCCUGCUGUUGGAGGUGCAUCCAGGCCUGGUCAAGGAUGGGGUGAAUCUACUCAAGCUGAAGAACCUCCACUUGUACGAAAGGGUGAUAUGACUCCUCCAGCUUUACCCCACCGGGACGACGAACCAGCUGCUGCUCCUGUUGUCGCUGCAUCUGCGUCGCCUCCGCCUCCGGCACCAGCCAAAGCCGCAUCCCAAACAGUUGUGCCUGCCGCAGUAGCAAAACCACCACCUGCCGCAGUAUCACCAGUAGUCGCAAAGGCAGCCGCAUCAACACCAGUAGUCGCUGCUACAGCACCGACCCCUGUAGCAAAAUCAGUGCCAGCAGCAACAGCAGCACCUGUAUCAGCACCAACAACAACAACAGCUGCAAAGAAAGUGGUCGAUCCCUUUGAAACUCUAUAA